CGGUAUAUUCCCGGACCUAUCUCAGAGACGGACCGGAAACAGCGUGAGGUUACCGAAGUCUUCUCUGGAGUUUUGCACCCGAUCACUCUCUUAAAAGUCCUCAGAGCUGUCUGUGCAGCGCAGACAAGAUGUUGAGAAAUGCCUCUGCACAGAUCUUCAGGCAGGUGGUGAGAUAUAGCAGCACAGAAACCAGCCUUAUCCUGGAAAGAUCGAUCAACCGCGUGCAGCUGUUGGGCCGAGUGGGUCAGGACCCGGUGAUGAGACAGGUGGACGGGCGUAACCCCGUCACCAUCUUCUCAAUAGCGACCAAUGAAAUGUGGCGCUCUGGAGAGGGAGAGACGAGCACAACAGGUGACAUCAGUCAGAAGACGACAUGGCAUCGAGUGUCCAUAUUCAAACCAGGUCUGAGAGACGUGGCCUACCAGCACGUGAAGAAAGGAUCCAGGAUCCUGGUGGAGGGGAAACUGGACUACGGAGAAUACGUGGACAAGAACCAAGUCAGACGCCAGGCCACCACCAUCAUCGCAGACAACAUCGUCUUUCUGAGUGACAACGUUCGAGAAAAAUCAUGAAGCCCUUUCCUCUUUGUCUCCACCCAACAAGACAAAUUCUUAUUUUUAUUCUCUUGUUUAUACAAAAAUAAGAUUGGGAACCUGAAGUUAACAAAGUAAAGGAUAUACUGCGACACUCGCAUCAUUGACUGUGGCGCCUCCUGCUGACUUUAAAGCAUCAAGACAAGCAGAAAGAACCCACCUGUGAAGUACAAAAGACACACUGAUUAUUAUUUCAUUGUGCUACCUGUACAAUAAUGUUACAAGGAUACAUCUCAGGCCCUGUUUGAUGUGUGAGAUAGUGUUGAAAUAAUAGUUAAAGAGGUGAAAAUACACUGAAAAAAGUACAAGAGGUUGUAAAAGUUGUCACACUUUUAAGAGCAACUCUCACUCACGUUUAGGAUCAUAGACCCAAGGAAUGAUUAUUUUUGCAUUAGUUAAUACAACAUCUCUUCAGCCUCAAUGUUAUUGGUUAUUUAAACAAAGUAAAGCAUUUGUUGUACUGGUCUGACUUGUCUCUGUGUUAUAUGUAUUUCUUGCACUUCUCUUUAUGCAAAUCUCUUGUGAAAGAAGGUGGUUUAACUGGACAGAAAUAUGCGGAUGAUUGAAACUCUUUAGAGUAAGAAAAGAAAGAGACCAGCAUGCAGGAAACGCAUUCAAUUCAAUUAGCUAUUUUCUUCCCGUCCUCCUGCAUUUUGUUUUUGUGUUGAUAACCCUGAAUAGGGCAUUAAAACAGAACAUUGUUUGAUUUUUAUGUUCUGUCUACUCCUGUUUUCUGCUUUGUCACUUUUUUUGUCAGUUGUUAUUUCUCAUCGGUUUGUCAUUUCCUCCCCAGGCUGAGACUGAUUCUAUCAUGUCAAUACUGUUGGUUAAUUUCCAUGUAAUGGUUGCUAUAAUACACCUUUUUUUUCAAAAAUA